GAUAUUCAUUCUGCGAACCAGAAACAGCAGGACACAUCGCUUCCAUAUUCAUCCGGUUUUCCUUCUCCAGAAACCCUAAGAUAUAGGCCCCUACUCUCUACCUCAUGGCCUCUCCUAGCUCUGCAACAGAAGUCGUCACCAUUGAUGUUCAUGCAGCUAAGGAGCUCACCAAUUCAGGCUACCGUUAUCUUGAUGUCAGGACGGUUGAAGAGUUCAAGAAAGGCCAUGCCGAUGUUGAGAACAUUCUGAACAUCCCUUACCUCUUCACCACCCCUGAGGCAAAGAUGAUAUGGAUGUGGGUAUGGGUUUCAGAAAGGCUGAAAAUUCCUGAAUUCUUGGAGCAGGUUCAGUCUGCUUGCAGCAAGGAAGAUCAUCUCGUCGUGGUAAUUUUUCAUUUGAUUUCCGGAUUGAAUCAUAACAAAUAUAAUCUUGAUGAAUUUUCUGAAAUUGUUUAUUUAUUCUCAAUGAAUGGAUGUCUAGGUGGGGUGAGAUCCCUUGCAGCCGCCUCUGUUCUUGUCAAUGCUGGUUUCAAGGAUGUGAAGGACAUGGGAGGAGGCUAUGAGGCAUGGGUGGAAACUGGACUUACAGUCACCAAACCAAAAGAAGAAGAGAAGUGAUUGGAUGCUUCACUGUAAAGCUAGACCUUUGCCUAUGCAUUAAUUCUUGGUUGUAUGUUCUCCACCAAUCAAGUAUCACAUUUCUUCUC